AUGGUCGCAGUCGCGAAUCGUGUCGUGUUAUACUACCAGACCCAGUACUCGCACGGCAACAGCGGGACCUACGUCUCCCCACUCCCCCUCAUCGGCUACGUGACCCACCUCCUCCUGGCCGCCUUCCACCUCAACAUGGGCCACGUCGGCCCUGACAUCGUCCACCUGAACGACUUCCAGCCGUCGGACCCGUGGGGAAGGCACGAAGGCGCCGCACCGGGGACGUACGCCUGCCUGACGGACGACCUCUUCGACACCUACUACCCCGCGCUCAAGGAGGUGAUCACGACCUACAACCUGGACGGAAUGGACCUGGACGUUGAGGAGUACGUGUCGUCGGAGACGAUCGCGCGCAUCAUCACCACGCUCAAGGCGGACUUCGGGGACGAGUUCCUGAUCACGCUCGCGCCCGUCGCGAGCGCGCUCACCGAGAGCGGGAACCUGUCCGGCUUCGACUACAUCACCCUCGAGCAGACGCUCGGCGAUAAGAUCGACUUCUACAACGCGCAGUUCUACUCCGGCUUCGGCACCUUCUUCCCCGAGACCCAGUACGAGGCGAUCAUCAACUACGACCAGGGCAUUGACCCCGCACGCGUCACCGCGACGGUGCUCACGAGCCCGAACGACGGCUACGGCUACGUCUCGACGGACAACGUCGUCCAGAGCAUCGAGAACCUCAUGGAGAAGUACGGCACCGGGUGGGGCGGCGUCGGCGGGUGGGAGUACUUCAACGCGCUCCCGGACUCGAGCCAGCCGUGGAAGUGGGCGGUGACGAUGAAGGAGGCGAUGCGCGUCCAGAAGGCCAAGAUGGAGGCGCGCGAGCGCGAGAAGGAGCUCGCGGCGGCGGAGGUGGACCGGCGACGGAUACGCUCGCGGAUGUUCAAGCUUCCCGCGAACGAGAACUGA